AUGGCUUCACGAUCGCUUCUCGCCGCUGCCCUUUUGGGUACCGCUGUCUUUGCUGUCCCCAUCGAGGAGAGACAGUCUUGCGGAGCCGCUUGGACUCAAUGCGGUGGCAACAACUGGAGCGGCCCUACGUGCUGUGUCUCCGGCAGCAGCUGUGUCGUCAACAAUGAAUGGUACAGCCAGUGCAUUCCCGGCGCUGCCCCUCCUGCUGGCACUUCCACUGCUGCUACCACGACUGCUCGCAGCAGCUCGUCCGCGGCGGUCGUCACCCCUUCCCGGACCUCUUCCACCGCCGGCGUCGUCACCACCACUAGCCGCGCCAGCUCCGGCACCACCCCCGGCCCUACUGGCGGCGCUACCUACACCGGCAACCCCUUCGCUGGUGUUGACCUCUGGGCCAACUCCUACUACGCCUCCGAGAUUUCGACCCUCGCCAUUCCGUCUCUGAGCCCCGCCCUGGCUACCGCUGCCGCCAAGGUUGCCAAGGUUCCCACCUUCAUGUGGAUGGACACUCGUGCCAAGGUCCCCUUGGUUGAGUCCACUCUGGCCGACAUCCGCCGCGCCAACCAAGCUGGCGGCAACUACGCUGGACAGUUUGUCGUCUAUGAUCUUCCCGACCGUGACUGUGCUGCCGCUGCCUCCAACGGAGAGUUCGCCAUCGCCAACGGUGGUGUUGCCAAGUACAAGGAGUACAUCGACGCCAUCCGCACCAUGCUUCUCAAGUACUCUGACAUCCGCACCCUGCUCGUUAUUGAGCCCGACUCCCUUGCCAACCUCGUCACCAACUUGAACGUCCCCAAGUGCGCUGGCGCCCAAGCGGCUUACCUCGAGUGCACCGACUACGCCAUCAGACAGCUCAACCUUCCCCACGUCGCCAUGUACCUCGACGGUGGCCACGCUGGCUGGCUCGGCUGGCCCGCCAACCUCCCUCCCGCUGCUCAGAUGUACGCCAAGGUGUUCAAGGACGCCGGAAGCCCCAAGGCUCUCCGCGGUCUUGUGACCAACGUGGCAAACUACAACGCCUGGAGCGCCAGCUCUCCUGCCCCCUACACUCAGAGCAACCCCAACUACGAUGAGAAGCACUACAUCGAGGCCCUCGGACCUGCUCUCAGAGCCCAGGGCUGGGACGCCCAGUUCAUCGUUGACCAGGGCCGCUCCGGCAAGCAGCCCACCGGCCAGGAGCAGUGGGGUGACUGGUGCAACGCCAUCGGCACCGGUUUCGGUCUCCGCCCCUCCACCAACACGGGCUCCUCGCUCGUCGACGCCUUCGUCUGGGUCAAGCCCGGCGGUGAGAGUGACGGUACCUCGGACACCACCGCGGCCCGCUACGACCACAACUGCGGAAAGAACGACGCCCUCAAGCCCGCUCCUGAGGCCGGAACUUGGUUCCAGGCCUACUUUGAGCAGCUGCUCAAGAACGCCAACCCUGCUUUCUAA